AUGUCUGCCGCCGACGCUAACCAAGUUCAAGAAUCAUUGGAAAAGUUGAAUCUUGAUUCUGCACCAGUUGCAUCCACUGAGGAAACAGAACAAACUGCUAGUGGCGAAACCGAAGAAGCUGCUGACUCCGCUCAAGUUUCAGACACUUCUGCUUCAUUGUACGUUGGUGAAUUGAACCCAUCGGUUAACGAAGCAUUAUUAUUCGAAAUCUUCUCCCCAAUCGGUCAAGUUGCCUCCAUUAGAGUUUGUCGUGAUGCCGUUACCAAGAAGUCGUUAGGUUACGCUUACGUCAACUUCCACAAGUUUGAAGACGGAGAAAAGGCCAUUGAAGACUUGAACUACUCUCUUAUCGAAGGACGUCCAUGCCGUAUUAUGUGGUCCCAAAGAGACCCAUCCUUAAGAAGAAACGGUGAUGGUAACAUUUUCAUCAAGAACUUACACCCAGCUAUUGACAACAAGGCUUUACACGACACUUUCACUGCUUUUGGUAAGAUUUUAUCAUGUAAGGUUGCCACUGAUGACAUGGGUAUUUCCAAAUGUUUCGGUUUCGUCCAUUACGAAACCGCUGAAGCUGCUGAAGCUGCCAUCGAAAAUGUUAACGGUAUGUUGUUAAACGAUCGUGAAGUUUACGUUGGUAAGCACAUCAGUAAGAAAGACCGUGAAUCUAAGUUUGAAGAAAUGAAGGCUAACUUCACUAAUGUUUACGCUAAGAACAUCGACUUAGACUUCUCCGAAGAAGAAUUCAAGAAAUUAUUCGAAGCUUACGGUAAAAUUACUUCUAUCUACCUUGAAAAGGACCACGAAGGUAAGUCCAAGGGUUUCGGUUUCGUUAACUUCGAAAACCACGAAUCUGCAGUUAAGGCUGUUGAUGAAUUAAACGACAAGGAAAUCAACGGUCAAAAGAUUUACGUUGGUAGAGCUCAAAAGAAGAGAGAAAGAUUGGAAGAAUUAAAGAAACAAUACGAAAACACCAGAUUAGAAAAAUUAUCCAAAUAUCAAGGUGUCAAUUUAUUUAUUAAGAACUUGGAUGACACAAUUGAUUCCGAAAAAUUAGAAGAAGAAUUCAAGCCAUUCGGUAGUAUCACCUCCGCAAGAGUUAUGGUUGAUGAAACUGGUAAGUCUAAGGGUUUCGGUUUCGUUUGUUUCUCUUCUCCAGAAGAAGCCACAAAGGCCAUCACUGAAAUGAACCAAAGAAUGAUCUACGGUAAGCCAUUAUACGUUGCUUUAGCUCAACGUAAAGAUGUUAGACGUUCUCAAUUAGAACAACAAAUUCAAGCUAGAAACCAAAUGAGAAUGCAAAAUGCUGCCGCCACCGGUGGUAUUCCAGGUCAAUUCAUUCCACCAAUGUUCUACGGUCAACAACCAGGUUUCUUCCCACCAAACGGUAGAGGUAACGGUCCAUUCCCAGGUCCAAACCCACAAAUGAUGAUGCCAAGAGGCCAAAUUCCACCACCUCAAGGCCAAUGGCCAAGACCAGGUCCAAACGGCCAACCAGUCCCAGUCUACGGUAUGCCACCAGUCUACGGUGGUGACUUCAACAACGGUGCCAACGGUGGCCGUCAACAAAGAGGCUACUACCCAAACAGAAAUCAAAACCAAAAGGGUCGUCAACAAAAGGAUUUAGCUGCCAUCAUUGCCAAUGCUCCUGCUGACCAACAAAAGAGAAUCUUAGGUGAAGAAUUAUAUCCAAAGAUCGUCUCUACCGGUAAGGCUCAAGAACCUGAAGCUGCUGGUAAAAUCACCGGUAUGAUGUUAGAUUUGGAUAACGAAGAAAUCUUAGCUUUGUUAGAAGAUGAUGAAUUAUUUAACACUCAUUUCGAAGAUGCUUUGACCGCCUUUGAAGAAUACAAGAAAUCUUCUGAAGCUGCUACUGCUGAAAACUAA